AUGGCUUCCUCAGCCCUUCUCAAAGCGUCCGCCGAGCUGACGGCUCGUGUGCGUCGGCCCUCGCUGCUGAAGAAACUGGCAAAUGCGGAGGACCUGCUCCCGCUGUUCCCGCAUGGCUCGUAUAUUGGAUGGUCUGGGUUUACCGGUGUUGGAUAUCCCAAGAAGAUCCCAACGAUGCUGGCAGACCAUGUCGAGAAGAAUAACCUGCAGGGCAAGAUGAAGUACUCGCUGUUCGUGGGUGCGUCGUCCGGUGCAGAGACGGAGAACCGAUGGGCCGAAUUGAAUAUGAUCGAGAGACGGAGUCCGCAUCAAGUAGGCAAGGCAAUUGCGAAAGGAAUCAACAAUGGAAACAUUCAAUUCUUUGACAAACAUUUGUCCAUGUUCCCUGUGGACUUGGUUUAUGGAUUCUACACCAAGGACCGGCCAAACAACAAGCUGGAUGUGGUUAUCGUGGAAGCUACCGCCAUUACCGAGGAUGGUGGAAUCGUUCCUGGUGCCUCUGUCGGAGCAUCACCUGAAUUGAUCCAAAUGGCUGAUAAGAUCAUUGUCGAAGUCAACACAUCCAUGCCAUCCUUUGAAGGUCUCCACGAUAUUACUAUGACCCAACUUCCCCCACACCGAAAGCCCUACCUGAUCAUGGCCCCUGAGGACCGUAUUGGAACCACUUCCAUCCCUGUUGACCCAGAGAAGAUCGUUGCUAUCGUCGAGUCCGAUUACCAGGACCAGACCCAACCAAACUCCCCUGAAGAUGACACCUCAAAAUCAAUUGCAAAGCACCUCAUUGAAUUCUUAGAGCACGAAGUGGCCCAUGGCCGUCUUCCUAAGAACCUCCUCCCAAUCCAGUCCGGCAUUGGAAACAUUGCCAACGCUGUUAUCGGAGGAUUGGCGGAAUCAAAGUUCGAGCACAUGAAGGUUUGGACUGAGGUUCUGCAAGAUACCUUCCUCGACCUCUUCGAUUCCGGUCGUCUGGACUUCGCAACCUCAACGUCGAUCCGCUUCUCUCCAGAUGGAUUCAAGCGUUUCUACGAUGGAUGGGAGAACUACUAUGACAAGCUCCUUCUCCGACCUCAACAAGUUUCCAACUCCCCAGAAAUCAUCCGAAGACUGGGUGUCAUUGGUAUGAACACCCCAGUCGAGGUUGACAUCUACGCCCACGCAAACAGCACCAACGUCAUGGGUUCCCGCAUGCUGAACGGCCUGGGAGGAUCCGCCGAUUUCCUCCGCUCCUCCAAGUACAGUAUUAUGCACACUCCUUCCACUCGCCCCUCGAAAACCGACCCUACCGGUGUAAGCUGCAUCGUGCCCAUGUGCACCCACGUCGACCAAACCGAGCACGAUCUCGACGUCGUCGUGACCGAGCAAGGAUUGGCGGAUGUCCGUGGCCUGAGCCCCAAGGAGAGAGCGAAGGUCAUCAUCGACAAGUGCGCGCACCCAGACUACAAGCCCAUCCUUGAGGACUACUUCAAGAAGGCCGAGUUUGAAUGCAUGAGAAGGGGCUGGGGCCACGAGCCUCACCUCCUGUGGAACAGCUUCGAUAUGCACAAGGCUCUUGACAAGGAGGGCAGCAUGAAGAAGCUUAAGACUUGGGGUUGA